UAAAAACCAGAUUUGAAUUUAAUCUUCAAUAUGACAAUAUAGCUGAAUACCUGGAGUUGAUAGAACUACAAUACCUGAGUAGCAAGAACUGAUAAAUCUUCUACAUAGAGCAAUAUGAGAUUCUAUAUACUACUCACCAUCUCUCUCUUCUACUUAGGAGUGGAGGGUGGCGAGCAUGAAAACUAUUGUAAAGACCUCCUGGACUAUGGUCCUAGGGAGGAACGGUCUGAGGACAGGUUAAACUGUAGAACUGUCCUCAAAACAGUCUGUGAGGACGUCACGGCUAAGGACUGUUUGGAGGUGUGUGAACAGUCGUGUGAGGUGAGCCUGGUCCCUGACUGCAAGUUUACCGCUGUGGAUCUGGAGGAACUGAGAACCAGUCCUGAGCUUGCCAACGUCACCCUCCACAACUGCAGCAAGGAGGAGGUGAGGGAGCUCCACACCAUGACGGUCUACGAGUGCGAGAACGUGACUAAGACUCACUGCACGACCCUUUGGAAGCUGGAUGAGAACGAUGACAAGGUAUGGGCAGGGAACGACGGAGACUGCAAGGAUGUCACUUGGGAGGAAUGUAGUCCAGUAGACAAGGAGGUCCCUGUUAUGGUCCCAACUAUGAACUGUGAGGACUAUCCUGUAGAGUUUGUGGACCUGGUCAACUCUACAACCCCUCUAAAAACUACAGAGUAUGAUUGCACCAUAACUCCGAUCCAGGAGUGUAAAUCUAAAACCACGACUAAAUGCGGAUCUGUGACUUAUCAGAAAUGCGCGGUGGUCCCAGAAACAGAAUGCGACAAAGUCUCUGUUUUGGUCCCUGCUCAGGAACAGUUGCACAAGAAAUGGUGCCAAUUCGACCAGGCCGACGACAUUGAUUUUAAUGUUGAGGUUAAAAAAAUACUGGAAGAUGAAGAAACGGAAAAAGGAAGAAAGGCUGACGAAGAAGAAGAAGAAAAAGAAGAAGAUGAAGAAGAAGAGAUGACAGAAGAUGAUGAAGAAAAAGAAGGUGACGAAGAGAAAAAAGAUGAUGAAGAGAAAGAAGAGGAAGAGAAAGAGGCUGACGAAGAGAAAGAAAACGACGAAAAGAAAGAAGAUGAUCAAGAGAAAGGAGAUGAUGAAGAGAAAGAAGAUGAUGAAGAAAAAGAAGUUGAUGAAGAAAAAGAAGAAGAUGAUGAAAAAGAAGAUGAUGAAAAAGAAGUUGACGAUGACAAAGAAGAAAGAGGAAAAGAUGGAAAAGAAAGCGCAGAAGAAGAAAGGGAAGAUGAUAAUGAGGAGGAAGAUAGUAAAACCUACACAAUUGAAGAUCAAGAAGUAAAAGAGAAAAAAGAGAAAAAUAACGAAGCCAGAGAAGACAAAGAAGACAGAGAAGACAAAGAAGACAAAGAUGACAAAGAAGACAAAGAAGACAAAGAAGGCAAAGAAGACAAAGAAGACAAAGAAGACAAAGAAGACAAAGAAGAUAAAGAAGACAAAGAGGAAGAGAAAUUCUACAAAGGGAAGACUAACAAAGCUGACGAAGACGAAGAAAAAAAAGAAAAGAAGGAGAAGAAACGAUCAUCUAGAAGAUAUUCUCCCAUCUACAGAAGACGGUUUUAUUAGUAAUAAAAUUAUUAAAAAUAACUCGUUUUUAAUGUAAAUAGAUAU